AUGGACCUUGGUACAGAGAUUAAUGCUGAAGAGAUUAAUGCAGAAGGACGUAAUUCUCGUUCACCAGUUCAUAGAUUGAAAGAUAGCAUUAACUCUUAUCUAUUUCCUACCUCACGCAGAAAUUCACCAAUACCUAUUAAUGAUGACACUGAACAGGAAAGUAAAGUAGACCAGUUAAGAACGUAUCUAGAGGAGCUGGGUCAUCCUUUGGAUACUUAUCAAAUAGAAAAACUUUUAGAACGAAAUGCAUGGGACGUAAGGGAAGUGGCAGAAUAUUGUAGUGAUCUAAGAGAAGCUGAAGAAGGGAUAAUAGUUGAUAUACAAAAGGACAUAGUAAUGCUGGGGUGUGAGAACGACCGUGUGACUAGCUGUUACAUAGAUAGUGUUUUAUUUGCAAUGUUUGCACGAAUUCAAUCCUUUGAUGGUCUUCUUUUUGUACAUGCAGAAGGGAUGAAUGCGCGAAGUUUACAAACACAAUUAAGAUUGUUUGUGAAUAGGCUUCGAUCAGGCAAAUUUAUGAGUGCUUAUAUUAUUAAGCAAUUGCGUGAAAAAUUAAUAAACUGCGGGUGGAUUGGCAAUGAUGAUGGUGGAAAUCCAACACAAGAGGAUGCUAGUGAAUUUUUUCUAUUUUUGUCUUGUCUUUAUGAACUUCCUUAUUUACCUCUUGGGAUGCAUUUAUUUCACGGAGCAAUUGCUGAUCCAAAUGAUGAGCGUGUCAUCACUGAACGGUUGAUCCAGGUUGCUAUACCUGGUGAUCCAAUGGAUGAAAAGCCUGUUUCUUUGGAAGAAGCAUUAGUAAAUUAUUUUCAUGACAAUGUAAUUUCUGGAAUAAAAAGAACUUUUGAUAAUGAAUUUGAACAAUCAGAAGUUUCUGCUUGGCAAGUUUUAAAACUCUUGCCAUUCUAUUCUGCUAGUAAUGAGCAAGGUGAAAAGAUAAAUGCAGUUGAAUCACAUUUUCCUGCAACUAAUUUAAUAUUACCACUUGUACUUAAACGUUAUGGUUAUAAUGAGAAAUUGCAACCAUUUCGAAUAAAGAAAAAU